AUGAACGACAACAUAGCGUACGUUCAGCAAUUCGACCAUCGGCAACCGCCCUACAGUCAAAGUAACAUCAUCCAGUACGAAACCCAGGCGAUUGAAUUUCACCCCACAGCUUCUGUGGCACAGUACACUCCAUCGUCGGGUCAGUACCACAAUAGUAACACAACGUUUAUAACGAGCAAUGGGCAGGUGAGCUACUGAUGACGAUAUUCAAACUUAUUUUGCUUUUAAAGCUUUCAAUGUUAGAAGAUGUACAUACAUUGUGUACAAUUGUUCGUAUAAUGAUAAUGCUUUUAUUUGCAGGAAGUCCAACUCCCCAGUAGCCAAAUACAAGUCGUCCAGAUACCAAGCUCGGGCGUUCAAUCUUCCCAACCUCAACACAUUUUAAUCACAACUCAGCCAGUCGGAAGUGCUCCAACUCCUGAUCAAGAUGACAGUCGACGAGUCGCUUUUGCCGAAUAUUUUGUAGAACCACAGGCUAUCUUAAGCACAGCACCGUACCAAGGCAGUAUACAAGGUCAAAUCGUCGCUACUCCUACUAACCGGUAAGUUUAAUGUUUGAAACACUUGAAGCUUUAUGUCGUGAUCAUUCAAAUUAAAGUUUUUAAUUUAAAAAAUAUUGAUUGAAGUGUUAUAAGGAACAAUGUGUUUCGCAUAACAAACUGAAAUGGUUUUGUUUAUGUGUUGUAAAUACGGAUGAAUAAUCACAAGUCCGUCAAGAUAUUUCUCAAGACUUUUUAAUGACAUAAACACUGUUGCAGCUAUCAAAAGGGGACCGUGAAGCCAGUCGUCAUCGAAUCGCCCGACAAAGUAGAAAAAGAAGCCGCUAAACGAAAAAAGCAAGCCGAAGCUGCCCGGCUACGAUAUCAUCGUUUGAGUGCCGAAGAUAAAAAAGCGCUGAACCUCAAGAGAACGUUGGCCCAGAAACGGAAACGCCAACGUGAACGAGAACUGGCAGAGCUCGAAUCCAUUCUCAGAGCAUCGAAUGACAUUGUCGACGACCCUGAGGUGAUUGAACAACUUCGCGAGAAGCGCAUGCGAGCGAGAUGGGCAGAAGCCGCACGAAGUCGAUACCAGCGAAUGACAUCAGAAGAGCGCAAGGCUCACAAUCAGAAACGACGUAUGCGCCAAAUCACGCUGAAGAACGAGAAGGGCGAACUUAUUAAGGACGAGGACGCGAUCAGGGAGAAGGUCAAGGAACGGAACGCCAAGAAGGCCGAAGCCGCCCGUCUCCGCUACCACCGCAUGAAUCCGGACGAGAAGAAGAUGUACAAUCAGCGCAGAACCGAAGCCUUCCGAAAACGGCGAAUGGAAGAGGAACAGUUGUUGGCUAUGCCCAUAGGCAGAAUUAACGGUGAGGCCUUGGACAGAGCCCAACAGAUUGUUGUAAGAAACGCAAAGAGAGCCGAAGCCGCCCGACUACGGUACCAGCGAAUGACGCCAGAACAAAGGAAGGCAUACAAUCAGAAGCGCUACACUCCGAAGAGGAAACGGCCCAUGGACAGCAAUUCCAUGAUCGGCCACCCCGAAGAGAUCAGUCCACAACAGAAGAAGGAAGAGGAGUACGAUGCCUUGUCGUCGUUGGAACGAGACGUACUUAAGAGAACUCAACAGGCACAACAGGUAAAUUACUAUUUGAUAUUGCUACACGAAUAGUUGAUUUUUUCAUUGAAUAUAAUUUUAGCUUAUAUAGAAUGAGAUCAAACUUAUCAAAUUAGCAGUUUUAUAAAAUUAUAACUAAUCUUAAUAAUUUUUAUAAUUUCAGGUGCUAAUGCGGCAACGCCAAGGGCAGUACCCUCCGGGCACCACCAUCCUCCAAACCUUACCUCCAGGCGCCACCGUCACCCAAGUCCCGGUUACAAUGUCCGGAAACGGGCAAACCGUCGGCGCCCACAUAAUCCAACAACAGAGCCAGCCUCCCAACUCCGGUCAUCCCCAUGUAACGUACUACCAAUAA